GUUGUACAUAUUUCGUUUGGUUAUUUGUUCAGCAAAGUGUUGCAGAAUAUUAUGGAGCCCCGUGCUGCCGAGCAGCCAUCUGCUGUAAACACCACAGAGCAGUGUGUACUGCAAUCUGAAAAAGAGAACAAGAUCCACACCAAGAAGAGCGCAUGCAAGACUUCUCAGCAACCCACACAGCCACUGUGCCGUUUUUACUCACAGGGCCGCUGCUAUUAUGGGAAAAGAUGUCGCUUCCUACACCAGAGAGCUACUCUCUUAGAGACAGUGGAGAACAGACCAAAAAAAGAAACCAAAGGUGAUGAUAAAUUCUUAAAGGCACAACAACAGUCAGAUACAUGUAGAGGUUCUGGAGCAGAGGAGACCCCAGAGCCCAGAGUGACUACCCUAAAGCCCCCUCCAGCUAAACAGGUGCAAACCCACAGGACAUGUCGAUAUUUCCUAUCAGGCUUCUGCACCAUGGAAGAGCGUUGUCGCUUCUGGCAUCCACAGCAGUUACCUCCAGUGGAGGACCAAUCUGCAGGACGCAGAGAAAGGACCAUAGCUACAGCUCAGCAGCAGCUUAGGCUGGCAGAUCUAACUGAUGAGAUGUCUAAGAAGCUCAGGGAAACUGAAAUCACACAGCUGCUAAAAAGAUUCCCAAAAGACAAGAUAAUUGUGCAGGAGAGAGAGGAUGGCCAGCUCGCCUAUUACAGAGUCACAGUAGAAGCCACAGAUCCAGACUGGCCUUAUGACCUUAAAGAAACAAUCAUCAUGGUCAGCUUUCCUGAGAAUUACCCCCAAGAGGUGUUUACAAUAGAUGUUCCAGAGGAUCAAGACUUACCAUCAGUAAUGGGAAGACACAUAGAGAUGGCAUCACGGGAAUGGCUUCAGGCCAAGCAUGCAACCAAUCAGCUAAUGGGGAGGUUGGAGCUGCUUUUCCGACCACUUCUGCGCUGGCUGGACCACAACAUGGAGAGACUCUUUACUGAGGGCGCUAGGAAGCUAAAAAAAGAGAUUGAACUAGAGAAAUCUGGAAUACAAUUUGUCCCCUAUGAGCAUCUUAAGGCUGCUGUAUAUAAGAAUCCUGAUGCUGAGCUUUCAGCAGAGUCCAAAGAGUCACAAGCAAUGGUUUUAUCAGAGGAAGAGGAGAAAAAUGAGGCUACUGAAGAGAAGAAUGGAGACCAGGCUGCGGUUAGCAGCCUAGCAGCAGAAGAAGAAAUCAGAGUUGUGACGAACAUUGUAAGCAGUGAGCCUCGGAGAGGCACUGAGGUCAGACUUCUGGACCUGAGGCUUGGGGAAGCUACAGCUACUGUAGUGGCAUCACAGAUUACUGUGUCUCUGCAGUGCAAUAGGUGUAAAGUGACCUCUGACCUGACCCUGAGCCAGCAGCUACCUUGUACUGCACAAUGUGAGAAGUGUGGUUCAAGGGUCAGUGGCAUAUUUAGGCCCAGUAUGAUUCAUCACUACUGCAGUGUGUUGGGCUAUCUGGACCUGAACAUGGCUGCUCCAGUGGAUCUGGUCCUUCAGGAAUGCAAACUUACUGUGGGGUGCAUGAACUGCAACAAUGAAGACACAAUUGAGGGUUUGUCCUAUGGCCAACACAAGGAAACAAACUGCCAACAUUGCCACAGCAAAAUCAGCAUCUUUGUGGAGGCAUCCCAAUUUCAAUAUGUCCAACCCAAAACGAGAACUAACACAGGUGAAAGGGAUUCUGCUCAACAUGGUUGCAGAUACAUAAGAGACCCUGCAGUUCAGCAAGGGAAACCCCUGCCAGAAAAGGGUGCCUGCAAGCAUUAUAAACAAAGUCAUCGCUGGCUAAGGUUCCCCUGCUGUGGCCGGGCAUACCCCUGUGAUUUGUGCCAUGACGAGGAUCAGGAUCAUCUUAUGGAACUGGCGACAAGAAUGAUUUGUGGCUUUUGUGCCAAGGAACAGCCAUACAGCAAUGGCAAGCCAUGUUUUGGCUGUGGAGGAAUGAUGACCAAAGGAAGCCAUACAAGUCACUGGGAGGGAGGAUUUGGCUGCAGGAACAAAAUAAUAAUGAACAGGAAUGACCGUCAAAAAUACAGCAACACAUGCAAAACAGUGUCAAGAAAAGCGAAGAGUGAAAAGUAGACACUGAAUGUUUGAUUAGACUAUGGUAAAUGGUAGACUAUAUGCUAUGUUCUGUAAGAGGUUAAGCAGGAUGAGGUAAAUCAUGUUCACAUGCUAAUGUUUGGGCUAAAUGCAAGAAGACAACACGUGAAAAACUACAAGCGGACUAACAAUAAAAACAUAAAAAUAAUCGCUAAUUUAUUGGAGGGCACAGCGAGAUUGCAAGCUCUCAAGUUCAAAUCUCAGCUCUGCUAUCAGCCAGCUGGGUGCCUGCACAGACACAUGAUUGGCUGUGUGUAUGUUGGGGGCAACAGUGGCAAAAACAGGGUUCCUUGUGGCGGGGCAACUACAACCUCUGAUAAUCGGUCAAGGUGUCUGCACAGGGGUGGCUAAUUAUGAAUGGCAGUGCGUGGCUCACCACAUGCAAUAUGACCCUGCACCUACAUGUGAAAAGAAGCAGCUAAGAGAGAGAAAAGCUCCACUUUUAAUAAGCUCCAUAAUUGGAUUGGGGGAAAACAGGCAAUAAAGAAUAAAAAAAAUAAAAAUGUACUGCAAGUGCAACAAGUACAUGAUUUAAACAUGCAUCGAUUGUGUGUGUGUGUGUGUGUGUGUGUGUGUCGGGGGGGCGGUUAAAAUCAACCAUUGAUUUAAAAAAAAAAAUUUCACAAAUUAAUUUUGCAAUUCAUAUAAAAUCUCUUGUUUAUUGCACAAAAUUGCAAACAGUGAAGCUUAUAUUAAAUGGGUAAUUCUUUCACUGUUCCAGGAUUAAUAGCAGACAUUUUAUUUAUAGAAAUCUCCCCCGGGCCACAUCCAGCCUUUUGGCUGGCCCCAGCCGGCCCUCAUGAGGUCAGUGGUAAUUGGAAAUCAGCAUAAAAAAAGGGAUAUAUCUCACUUGCAAUACGAAGGUAAUACAAAAUAGGGACGGUCAAAAUAGGGAAGGUAAUUUUUUAAUACAAAAUAGGGACUGAUAUUUUUAAAUUUACGUAAGUUUCCAUUUACUUCUGUGUGUAUGUACCCAGCUUCAUCAUAAUGUUUUGGCGAACAGAACUGUGACUGAUAGAGACGGUAGAAAUUUUUAACAAAACAAGAACUUAAGUAUUUAUUUACUGAGGUCAGAUGUAAAGCUGUUUAUGGAUUGCAGUUUAUAGUACUAUAGCCAUUACAGUACUAAACACAGAAAAACAAAAGAACUUGAAUGAUGCAGAACGGUCACAUCUGAAGCUUUGUUAUCUAAACUGCAAAAGCAACAAGGACUUAUUAUUAAGUUUUACACAUCCAGAACUGGAGCAGUCAAGAAAAGCUUUGUGAUACCCAGAAAUAAUAUCCAACAAGAACAAAGAAACAGCAAAGGGGUAAUUAGACUUCAAACUAAAUAUCAAUAGAACUUUGUUUAUAAUUAAUUUAAAAUCCUGCACAUUUGUUCACACCUUUUGUCAUGAAAGUUGAUUAAAUACUGAAAUAAUGUUGAA